UGUUUCUUUUGAUACUUGAAUAUGAUCAUAAUAGAUUAAGGAGGAGUUUAUGGUAGGACGUAAUUGGGUGUUGAAUCUUGAUCUUGAUUGAUUCAAUUCAAUGGCACCUAAAAUUUCUGGGAAUUCUAUUCUCCCUUUCCCUACAAAAAGUUUCUCCGUCGCUCAUUUGAUUCCCCAUUUACUCUAUCUCAUCGUUCUUUCAUCAACACGCUCUUCUCUAUUCGAACGAUACCUAGUGCACGCCAACUGCUCGAUCAAAUGCCUCUGUGCCGAAAAAAAUAGAAUGCCCGGCCGUGAUGUUGAUGUUGAGAGGAUACGGAUUUAGAAUUAGCAUUUUGCUUGGCAUAUCAGAAUUCCUGUUAAGAAAAACAAAGAUCGAAUUCGAAUAUGGGCUGCAUUUGUGCAAAAGGAGCCAAAUCGGAGGGAAGAAUCGGUAGCAGCAAGCGAUCGGAGAGACGUUCGAAAAGAGUAUCAUCAUCAAGGAAGGAGGGAAUUUCUCCACAGAUAAUCAGUUUUCGAAAUUCCUCUUGCAAGGAGAGGAUAGAGGUGAAUUCUGCCGAAAAUGGCGCCAAGGAAGGCGGUGGUGAAGAAUGCAGCAGCUCGACGCUAGCUCCGUUUGAGGAAGGAGGCGAAAGACCGAAUUUGGCCACGAUUGAGGAAGAGGAUGAGAGAGUUGAUGCAAUUGACAAACCAGCUGAGCAAGGAUUCGUAAGAAUCGAAACGCCGAAAUGCGGAUUGCAGGGGGAGCAGCCGAGGAUUUGCACGGCAUUGAAUGUCCGGAACGGAAUCGACGAGGCGCAAGUCGCAGCUGGAUGGCCGACGUGGCUCAGCGCCGUGGCAGGCGACGCCAUCAGAGGAUGGCUACCGCGAAAGCUAGAAUCGUUCGAGAAGUUAGACAAGAUCGGUCAAGGGACGUACAGCAACGUGUACAGAGCUCGUGAUCUCGAAACCGGAAAAAUCGUUGCGCUGAAGAAGGUGCAUUUUCAGAACAAGAGCCGCGGCAGUGUUCGAUUCAUGGCUCGCGAAAUCGUAAUCCUACGGAUGCUCGACCACCCGAACGUGAUGAAACUCGAAGGUCUGAUCACUUCUCGAUUUUCAGGCAGCUUGUACCUCGUAUUCGAGUACAUGGAGCACGACCUCGGCGGGCUCGGAGCUUUACACGACUUCACCGAACCUCAGAUCAAAUGCUAUAUGCAACAGCUAUUCCACGGGCUCGAACACUGCCAUAGCCGAGGAGUGCUACACCGCGACAUUAAGUGCUCAAAUCUUUUGAUCAACGACAAUGGGAAUCUGAAGAUUGGUGAUUUCGGACUUGCAUCUAGGUUUCGCCCCGGAGAGAAACAGCUUCGAACUACUUGUGUUGUAACCCUAUGGUAUCGACCGCCUGAGCUUCUGCUCGGCGUUGCAGAUUAUGGAACAGCAGUAGAUUUGUGGAGUUCGGGUUGCAUUCUUGCUGAACUUUUUAAAGGGAAACCGAUAAUGCCGGGAAGGACUGAGGUUGAGCAGCUGCACAAGAUCUUCAAGCUUUGCGGUUCGCCCUCGGAGGAUUACUGGAAAAAUUUAAAAUCGCCCCGUGCAAUGAUCUUCAAACCUCCACACCCUUACAGACGAUGUCUUGCUGAGGCGUUCAAGGACUUCCCGGCUUCACCUUUAGCCCUUCUCGAAUCUCUCCUUGCUUUCGAACCCGAGCAAAGAGUAUCGGCCGCUGCUGCGCUCCAAAGUGAGUUCUUCUUUAGAGAGCCUUUGCCUUGUGAGGCGUCGACUUUGCCAAAAUAUCUGCCUAGCAAAGAGAUUAACGCCAAGGCGCGAUGUGAGGGGGCGACACAAAGACGAAAAGCCAUUGCCGGAAAGGCGAGCGGGCUUGAAUCUAUGGGAAACAGCGCCGACGAAUCGAGAGAUGUCGCGACACUCGACUCUGAUGCUGAGUUUAAAGCAUUCAUGAAGAAAUGGAGCCGGCAGUCGAUGUGCAACCUCGACGAAUACAAUCCUGAGGACGACGAUUCUUGUUACACGAUCGAACUUCCAAAAGGGUACAUGCAAAACAACGAGCCCGAGCCAUCUGAACACGACAAAAGGCGUGAUCUUGAUUCGCCAUCACCGUCGGAUCCAUCUGAGUACAUUGAGUUGAAGUUCGGGGGAAUGAGCGAUCCUCAGGCGACAGCCUCGGGGCCGGGAUUGUCUGCAUUCCCUUAUUCAAUUAUGGACAUGGACGGCGGCAGCCCUCCGCUACACUUCAAUAGAAAAACCAGCAUUGACCUUAAAUUUACAUCGCCGGAACAUUGGUCAGAUGCCGCCGCCGCCGCCAGAGAGAAGCAAACCAACGGCGCCAAGGUGUCUGAUCCUGUUUUUGAAAUAGUAGGAGAUAAGAAAUAGGUGUUUUAGAGGAGAGAAUUUUUUUGUAUGUAUGUAUAUGUAUAUAUUAGAAUGCUUGACUAGUGUUGGCCUGAAAAAUUCGAUUUUUGGCCUUAAACAUCUCGUCGGGAGGAUUUUUAGAUUCUCGGGCAAUUCGAUGCAAAUCUCCAGUAGUAUAUGAUAUAUUUGAGAAAAUAUAAGAUAAAUCAAUCAAAGAAAAGACGGAAAAUCUAAUAGCCCGUAAAGUAAGCCCGACAAAUCAAGUUAAACAAACCAUAUGUGACUUGGAG